GCUCGCUUAAUAAACUCCGGCUGGAAACAAGACGCCGUGCUUCACAAAUACAACGCUUCCUUGGAAAACACGAGGUUGUUGUGAUGCUUGUGUGACUACAUCGUAUAACAGCUUUGAAUGUGGAGCUCCACGUUCUCCAGCUUGGUCUGUCAACAUUUAAAGAAUAAACAUGAGUGGUCUGGAUCAGGACCAAAAGCUCCAUCCUGGGUUUCGUGACAACGCAACCGUCUCCUGUGAUUCAUCAGGCUCUGGUGACGUUGCCAAGCGGCUUCUUCAAGGUCUAAAACUGGCAUCACAUGUGGGUCUGGAGGAAGCACAGCGGAGGGGCAGGUUGAAGUGUGAGAAAUGUGGAGGAUCAAGGAUGUUUUUCUGCUACACAUGCUGCUCAUUAGUGGGUCUCAGCCAAAAAGAAGUCCCCGUAAUUAAGCUUCCUGUCAAGAUUGACAUCAUCAAACAUCCGAAUGAGACAGACGGCAAGAGCACCGCUAUUCACGCUAAGGUUUUGUCUCCUGCCGAUGUCACCAUAUACACCUAUCCGUGCAUACCCGAGUACGAGAAAGACAAGGUGGUGCUGGUGUUUCCUGGCCCAGGGUCAGUCCAAGUGCAAGACAUGAUGCAGCGUUUGCUUGACAGAUCUGACAGCAGGUCACAUGACUCCUUCAAUGAACCCUCCCCGAAGAGGCUGAAAGCUGAAGCUGGAAACCUCACACAGAGCGCCGGGGACUGCUGCGGGUCAGGGACCCUGAUUGAAACGAGGGGCUCCGAGCCAAGGGCGUGGCCCCUCCAGAGGGUGGUCUUCAUCGACAGCACGUGGAACCAGACCAGCAAGAUCAGCACAGAUGAGAGACUGCAAGACCUGCUUCAGGUGGAGCUGAAGACCAGGAAAACAUGUUUCUGGCGCAGCCAGAAGGGCAAACCGGACACUCACCUGGCUACCAUUGAAGCCAUCUACUAUUUCCUCAAGGACUUCCAUGAGCAUUGCCUUGCUCAAGAGUACAACGGUGAAUACGACAACCUCCUUUUCUUCUACUCCUACCUGUACCUGGUGGUCAACAAAGCAAAGGCUUUAGCUGGGAGGAACUGAGGUUGUCAACAACCACUGCAAACAAAGCUUUUUUAUUUAAAAGAAACAAAUAUGACAGAUUUACGGCUAGUCGUGGGGAAAUUCCAGAGCAGAACUGUGUUUACGACUGAACACAAAUUUCCACUUUCUGCUUUUCCUCACACCAAAUUGAUAUAAAAAGUGAAAAGGGAAUUCUUGUUUAUUUUAUCGUCCACCACGAAAUCGAGCCUCAGCACUGUAACAAUUGAUGCGUCAAUUUGAACAAUUAAUGCAAAUAAAUCGAUUGACUGAAAAACCAGUAUCUUCCAUGCAUGACAGAGCUCACGCAGCUGUCGACUGAAAAGUUGUUUUUGAUCUGUUAAAUGCAUAUGCAUAUCAAACAAAUCAGAAUCUGAGUGGUAUCUGGAGUUGCUAUGCCAUGCUCCAAAUGUCACAAAGCAAAGAGGCACGCAGAGUAGGACUCUGCAGCAACCUCUUUGGAGGUGAACUGCAGACAUGCCUUUGGUUUGGCUCCCUCAUGAGUGCGACUAAAACAACUCAACUUCGGCACAGACAUGAAAACGAAUCAGUCAGGCCAAAUUAUUAAAGUUGGAACUUGGAUCGAAGCCACAUCAAAAAAAGUCAACUGCUGUUUUUCGAGAGGGCGCAGCAUUGACCAGCUACACGACUGCAAUGACUGAAUAAAAACGGUAAUGAACAGUGAGGUUGAGAUACAAUAUUUUUAUUUACAAAACCAUUUACAUUUUCUGAAGGCGUAUGCUUAGCGCUAGUUUCUGACACGUCAGUCCUACGGCUGCAGUCCAGUCUUCCCUAAGCCAAACACACAAACUGCACCACAGAGAGGUGGUGGCAUCUAGUAGUAGGCUUCCCUGAUCUUGGCCUGCAGGCUGUCGCAGGUCUUCUUGGCAUCUCCCAGCAGCAUGGAGGUGUUGGGUUUGUAGAAAAUGGGGUUGUCGACUGCAGCGUAGCCGACGCCCAAAGUACGCUUCAUUACGAUCACCUGUGUAGUACGGCAGCAAAUAAAAGUUC